UCGGCAUACCCUCGAGCCGAUUUAGACCUCCGCUUUCUUGAUCUUUCAUUCUUUUUUUGCGCCUACUGUUCCACGUGUACCAUGCGGACUCUGGAGUUGUGCGUUUUCACUCUCUGGCUUUGCCUCCACGUCUCUGUCCACGCAUUUCAGCAUGUUACGUUCAGAGACGUCUAUCCACUUGCUGACAGAGAAAUGGUAGAAGUAUCGGACAGGAUAAUAUACCCAGGAACAUUAUGGUGCGGAAAUGGUAACAUAGCAAAUGGAACGAACGAAUUAGGAUCAUGGAAGCAAACGGACGCAUGCUGCCGAACUCACGACAUGUGUCCCGAUAUAAUCGAGGCUCACGGCUCUAAACACGGAUUAACUAAUCCCGCUGAUUAUACGAGGUUAAACUGCGAGUGUGACGAAGAGUUCCGCCAAUGUCUUCACAAUUCGGGGGACACUGUUAGUGCCGCGCUUGUAGGAAGAACCUAUUUCACCGUCUUAGGAACGAAAUGCUUCCGAUUGGAUUAUCCUAUCGUGAAAUGCAAAGUCAAAUCCACCUUCUUAAGACGUUGUAAGGAGUACGAGUUCGAUACAAGUGCUCCGAAGAAGUACCAGUGGUUCGACGUACUUUCGUACUAAGGAAAACGCAACAGACC